GCACCCUGAAGUUAGCAAUUGUAGUUAGCUUCCCGGUGGUCAACAUCCCCUUUGUCAAGCCCAAAAUACGUCGGAAACCCUCAUAAUUGAAUUGUUAGUUGUUUCUGACCCCAAGACGUCUCCUUUCUCCUCAAUUCUCUCCAGUAAUUCCGCUAAAUUCAUUGUUAUUUAUUAUAUGUGGUGAAGAUUCCUUUUGUUCUCAUCGUUUUUGAGGUUAUGGUCGUACCAUUACAUGAAGUUUUUAGUCUGACUUGAAAAUACAAAACAAAUCGAGUGAAUCAUGGAGGAUUUAAUUCAGAAUCUGGGAUCGAUUAAAGUACCUAAGCGAGAGGAUAAAGUCUACAAGGAUGAGUGCGUUUACUCAUUCGACACUCCGGAGUCUCCUGAGGGAUUAUUCAUCAGUUUAUCGUCAUUCCACGGUCUCGGAAGAGAUCAUGUAGAGCGAUACUCGAAGAAAACUGGCCAGAAUGUUUUCUUCAACAUCAGGCGGACUAAACAGGCUAUCGUUGAUCAAGGUAUUGACGGUCCUGCCAAGAAAAUCACCAGAUUGGCGAUCGGGACACCGGGUGGUUUUGCUCCUGACGAGCAAAAGUUCACAUACGAGGAUACCUAUCAAAUUGUCAUUAUGCCAACCUUCACAAUCGUUGACUAUCCCAAUAAUGAUCUCCCAGAGCAUGUGAAGAAUUCGAUUGUCGGGGUUUUGGAGGCUGAAUCCGCCACGAAGGUUGCGGAGAAGGAGGCGCUCGCUGGCACUUGGGAUGGAGAAGCCAAAAUCAUCUCCAAACACGCAGCAACUCUCCUUCAACUGGACAACGGCAAGAAAAUUCCCUCGAGUGGUUGGAAAUGUGAGAAAUGCGAUCUAACCCAGAACCUCUGGUUGAACCUAACCGAUGGGUCGAUCCUGUGUGGUCGUAAAUUCUACGACGGAACAGGCGGCAACGAUCACGCAGUGGAGCACUACAGGGCCACGGGUCACCCACUGGCGGUGAAGCUUGGAACAAUAACGAAGGAGGGAACUGGGGAUGUCUACUCUUACGACGAGGACGACAUGGUCGACGAUCCCAGUCUGAUAGCCCACCUGGCCCACUGGGGCAUCAACAUUGCCCAGCUGGAGAAAACCGACAAAUCCAUGGUGGAACUUGAGCUGGAUCUCAAUCAGAAAUUCGGAGAGUGGGUGGCCCUCCAGGAGGCCGCCAGCAAACUCACACCCGUCUAUGGACCCGGAUACACUGGACUCAAUAAUCUGGGAAAUUCGUGUUAUCUUAAUAGCGUCAUGCAGACGGUAUUCGUUAUUCCUGAUUUUGUUCAAAGAUUUGUAGAUCCAGCACUGGAGAUCUUCGAUAACAACACAGUGGACCCCGCCAAUGACUUUAACGUUCAAAUGGCUAAAUUGGGAGUGGGGUUGCUGUCUGGGAAGUACUCGAUGGCUCCUGAUGCGGAAAAGGAGGAUGGGAGGCAACAGGGGGUGCCCCCGAGGAUGUUCAAGAAUUUCAUAGGCAAGGGACAUCCCGGAUUCUCCUCCACCAGACAGCAGGACGCCCAAGAAUUCUUUUUACAUCUCAUCAACAUUUUAGACCGUCACAGUGUUCAUAAGGCGAAUCCAGCUGAUGCCUUCAAAUUCAAGGUGGAGGAGAGAUACCAGUGCAGCAGCUCCAAUAAAGUCAAGUACUCUUAUCGACCGGAGUAUCUGUUACCUCUGCCAAUUCCUCUGGAUGCCGCCACCAAUAUGGAAGAGGUAUCUGCCUACGAGGCAGAGAAAAAGGAAGCUGAAUCCAAGGGUCAUCGUCUAGACUCAACGAUUCCCCCAGUUCGUCCCCACAUAAAGCUCUCCUCAUGCCUGGAGUCCUUCGCCCGAACAGAACUGGUCGAACAGUUUUACAGCACAGCCCUCAAUGACAAAACAACUGCUACCAAGAAGACGAGAUUAUCAACUACCCCAGACUAUCUCCUCAUCCACUUGAAGAAGUUCAACGUCAGCGAGGACUGGACACCCAUAAAGCUGGACGUUGCUGUGGAAAUGCCGGACAUUCUUGAUCUGAAUCUUCUCAGGGGCACUGGUAAACAAGCGGACGAAGAGCUGCUCCCGGAGUCAGGGAAUUCAGACGUGCCAGUGCCAGUUUACAAUGAGGAGAUCAUGGUACAGUUGCAGGAGAUGGGCUUUCACCCAGAGGCCUGCAAACGUGCCCUCUAUUUCACUGAAAACAAGGGCCUUGAGGCUGCUACUAACUGGAUCAUGGAGCACAUCGCUGAUUCAGAUUUCACUGAUGUCUUUGUACCACCUGGAGUGGAUCCAAAUCCAUUGAAGUCAUUUGUGCCUGGUCCUGGGCUGGAAUAUCUUCUCAGCCUUGGCUUCACCCAGGAACAAGCUGUGAGGGCCCUCAAGGCCACAGAUAACAAUAUCGAGAGGGCUGUUGACUGGAUAUUCAGCAAUCCGAUUGACACUGACUCCGUGGAGAUGGAGGAAGACAAGAAUGAUGGCUUCAGGGAUGGCGGAAACAAGUACAAACUCGUUGGGUUUAUCUCGCACAUGGGAACAUCUACAAUGGUUGGUCAUUAUGUCUGCCAUUUGCUGAAGGAUGGACGAUGGGUCAUUUUUAAUGAUGAAAAGGUCGCCCUCUCCGAAAAUCCUCCAAAGGAACUUGGAUACAUCUACAUGUACCAACGCAUCACCUCGUAGCUUCGACGUUUUCUACUGGUUCAGACCCUAAAGAAUGAUUUAACAUACGAAUAAUGAUUCAGUAUACUACUAUAAGCUUCAUCCAUUUAAUAAAAUUGUUUAUCCCAAAA